AUGGAUCGUGUGGUGAUCGUAGGCGCCGGGCUGUACGGUCUCAUCGCGGCAAAGACCUACCUCCAAGUCGCAGGAGCCUACGAUAAUUCAACACAAGACAAGGACACAGCUCAAACUACCCACACACUACCCAAUUGUUUCUCCAAUACAAGACAAAACGUGGAGCAUACGCCCGGAUGUUCUCUACUGGUGAUCGACGCAGCCUCGGACAUCGGAGGAACCUGGGCAGAGGAGCGCCUGUACCCGAACCUGCUCAGCCAGAACUCAUAUGGAAUGUACGAGUUUAGUGACCUCUCUCUAUCACGAGUUGUCCCCGAGGAAACGACGGGCGUCGGGCAGCAGUUCAUCGCGGGAUGGAAGAUCAACCGGUAUCUACAUGCCUGGACUGAGAAGUGGGAUCUCAAGAAGCACAUCAGACUCAACUGGAAGGUCGAGAGUAUCUGUCGCCUCGAUAGCAAAGAAUGGGAGCUCAAAGUGAACAUCGCGUCGCGUCCCACACGGGAGAUCAGGGUGGUUUGCGACAAAUUGAUCCUAGCUACGGGUCUCACUUCGGUACCGAACCUUCCAAGAAUGAGCUCCCCGUUGAGCAUGACGACUUUGAGGUCUGUCAUUCACGCCAAGGACGUUGGUGAAUGGGCUCGCGAGAAUCUGGGAUACCAACCCCUACCAUCUUCCGAAGCGUCACCCCAGUCAAGUCACCCAAAUGACGACCAGAACCACCCGCUCAAGUCUGUAGUAAUUUACGGAGGCGCCAAAUCUUCCUUUGACCUGGUGCAUUUCUUUGCCACUCUCCACCGAAAAGACCCCGCGCUACACCUGCAAGUAGCACCAAAGGACCCAGUCACAGUGCAUUGGAUUAUCCGCAAGGAUGGAGCAGGACCGGCAUGGAUGACACCGCCAACAUCCUCGCUUGUAUACGGUGAUACCGUUGCAAGUGAUAAAGCGGCCAGCAGCAGACUGCUUCACUACCUGAAUCCAGGUUGUUACGAGAUUCCCAAGCGCCUGUCCCGAGAUCUGCGUCUGGAAGGAUCAUGGUUGGUUCGUCUUCUGCACGGGAAUACCCUCGGCAGAUGGUGGAUACGCCAGUUUUGGCGCUCGGUAGACCGGGGAUUGAAGGACUUUGCACAGUAUCAGUCCGAGCCGAAGAUGCAGUUGCUUCGGCCGAGCAAUAGCGUCGUCUCAUGUGCCUCUAGUAUUGGGAUCACCAAUCAGCCCGAUCUGUGGGAGACAAUCCGGUCGCCACAGGUGAAGGUAUAUCGGUCCUCUAUCGCGCAAAUCUCACUUUCAAAUUACCAGGAAGAGGCACAGCCGAGCGGCAGUGUGAACGUAUCUCUCAGAGACAAUACAUGUCUCGAAAACGUGGAUCUUGUCAUCCACGCAACGGGCUACAAGCCCAUCGUUCCGAUCGAAUUCUCCCCGCCCAGCUUUCGCCUUGUCUUGGGCAUGUCAGGUCUCAUCCACAAAACCACAGAGAAAGACAGCGCCGUUAAUCAUAGCGAUCUCUGCAACGGAAUUGAGAUCCCGUUAGGUGAGACGGCAAAAAGACAUAUCGCACACUGGAAAGCGCUUGACCGGCAGUCGGAAGAGUUGGUGAGGAAGACACUCGCUACGACCGGGUGCACGCCUACAGAUCGAGCCACACCCUCGUGGAUUGGAGACUCCCAACUUCUCUCAUAUCGUCUGUUCCGUCGCAUGGUUGCACCGGCACUUGUCGCGGACGGAGAUCGCUCCUUUGCAACCAUCGGCGUUGUGCUCACGUCCACUAUCGCAGUAGUCGCAGAGGUUCAAGCACUUUGGGUCACUGCAUUCUUGACCGGUGGAUUGAAUGGACCUCCUGCAGGCUGCAAAUCUGAGGGAUUGAUGGCACUCAAUCUGAACGCUUUAUCUCAAAGCGCCAUGGAGAAGGCAGUUUCUGAAGAUGUAGUACUUGGGUCACUGACUGGCUCUGGGCUCGAAGUCGAUGCUAUUCAAUACAAUGACAUCCUAAUGCGUGAUCUUGGGUUGAACCCACAACGUCUGGGAGGAGGGUUCUUGAAGGAGCUGACGGGUGUGUAUGAACCAUCUGCAUAUGCAGGAAUAGUGGAUGAGUGGAGAAAGAAACAAGGCCUUAUGUAA